AACUCUGUAGAGAGAGAAAUUCCGCAAGACAGCCAGCCAGCCAGCCAGCAAUGGACAACAAGAAACCGGCCAAUGUGAAAGAACAACCCACUUCCUCUUUCAACUCCAAAUCUCCCACCACAGCUGUUUCUCCCAAGAGCAAGAAGAAAAUGCCACUUGAGAGCAGCAGAAAGAAGCUGGUUUGCAGGAAGGCUAAAAGUGUCAAAUCUGAGGUUAAACAUGUAAAAUCUGUGAAGGCUCUCAGAAAGUCAGAGAGCUCUAAGAAAAAAAGGCUCACAACAUACAAUGACAUGUAUGAUAAUGUUGAGGCUAAGUUCUCUGCUUUUGAGCGAGCAGAGAGGGUGCUGUCAAGUGUAGAUGACGAAUACCCGAGCUUCAUAAAGUGUAUGCUUCCAUCCAAUGUUUCCCAUGGAUUUUGGCUGCAUCUUCCAAAAUCAUUUUCUGAUAUGUAUUUACCGAGUCACGACUCUGCUCUCAUGUUGGUGGAUGAAUGGGGAAACGACUACAAAACUUCGUAUCUUUCGGAGAGGCAUGGGUUGAGUGCAGGCUGGAGAGCAUUCUCAAUCGCUCACAGAUUGCUUAAAGGAGAUCUCCUGAUCUUCUGCCUCACUGGACCUUGCAAACUAAGGGUACACAUAGUAAGGGUAAAUGGCCGGGACGUCGUAGACGCUGCUGUUUCCCUCAUGAACUUGAAUGAUUAUGUGAAAGCCUCAAGUCCCGACAAUCACAAGCGCAAAAGAAUAACAUUUGUGGAGCCAUAUCUUGACAGAGCUUGCCAAGGAGAGAGGGCAUUGCAAUCUUGUCUUGUUUUGGAUCAGCCCAAGCAUCAGGUUGAAGAUUUCGCGCUUGAAGAAGGUCCAAACCCAAGUAGUAGCAAUUUCAGCAACCACCUAAAAGACAAUGCCUCCUGCUCCGGAAUUUCGAUCUUGCCUGACCAUCACACUAUCACUUGCAGCUAGGGGCUUUUCAAACAACAUUUGUCGUCGUCUAACAUUACCAAUUCAUUGAGGCUACAAAAAAAGAAGAACAGGUCUCACCAACUGAAGAUUUUGUCAAGAGAUCGAGAGUGAAAGUAAAGCUUGGGACAAGUGUUAGAAAUCGCGGAGAAUCAAUGAAUGAAUUUUUGCUAGGCCUUCUCUAGUAUAGUAUAUACAUAUAUAUAGGCAUUAUUGAUGACAUUUGUGUACUUUAUAAAUAUGCAAAAUAUGU